AUGAGAGAUCGACCGCCCAACACCAAAUCGUCCACAAAAAAUGCAAAACAAGCCGCACUCCCAGAUGCAGUGAGUCAGAAGAGACCUGCCCCUCCCUCACCUGUGAUCCAGGGACCUACAGGGGCCUACAAGGAGAUACAAGGAGAUACAAGAAGAUACAGGGACCUACAGGAAUCUACAGGGAUCCACAGGGGCCUACAAGGAGAUACAAGGAGAUACAGGGAUCUACAGGGACCGAUAACAGCUCCUCUCUGGCUCUGGAUCGCAGGGAGCAGGGAGGGGCUCACCACGGUCCUGUCCGGUCACCUGAGAGCACCGUGA